UUUUGUUAAGGUAUCAGGAAUAUAAGGAUGGGAUUUUUUAUUGAAAUGUUUUAGAAAAAGACGCAGGGACAGAGCGAGUAUGCAACUCCUGUCCCUGCGUCUUUCCCAGGUGUUGGAGGAUAUCGGGGUCAGCAGGUACAUCCGCACCAGGAGGAGUAGAACAUGGCUGAUGGAGGAGACAAUUAAGGGGAUCAGAGAUGAGGUAGAGGGUAACAAUGAGACUCUCUAUCAUUUUGGCAGCCAAACAGAGGGAACCACAACAAUUGGGAUGAAGUCAGAUAUUGACACAUUAUAUUGCCAUGAUAGCAUGCCAGUAAUACUAGACAGGGGUGAGUGGAAGCAGGAAAAGAGGAAUCUCCUUGUGCUAAAGACUGAGCAUUCCCCACCCCAGCAUUGCUGGCUACAGCGGCUGAAACCUGAUCUCCCAUUACCAGAGACAGAGAAGACAGGGCCCAGUGACAUGGUGGAUACAGAGGGAAGAGUGCUAAUGACCAACACUCAAGUUGAAAUCUGUAGAGUCAUAAGACAGACUAAUGAGUCAGGGGAGAUUAUGCGUCAUGGUCCUUCAAAAAGCUGGAAUGAUAACGAGGAUAAUGUACAAGCAUAUCACUGUGUUCCUAUUCAACAAGCCACGCCCUGGCCAUUGGCCCAGACCUGACAAACUGGACCAGGCAAGGCAGACUGGAGUGUUCCUUGUGCCACAGGGAUACACUGAAGAUCCUUCAAGACCAAUCAGGUGCAAAUCCUCAACAUUCCUUGUGCCUCAUGAAUAUCCCUGCUAUCCUCUUUCUAAGAGAGAGUGGAGAUUUUCAACUUCUAUGAUGGAAAGACUCUUGAUAUUUGACAUGAAUACAGUGCAGCAUAAAGUAUAUGUCUUCCUUAAGAUUCUUAGAAAAUCAAUCAGAAAGUUGAUUGUGAAUGACUGUUUCAGCACAUCCCAUGUGGGUGACCGUUUCAGCACAUUCCACAUUAAGACUGCAAUGUUGUUUACCAUGGAGACAUAUCCACCAGACAAAUGGAGGGAGGAAAACCUUGUUCAGUGUGUCAUCUAUUGUUUGACCACACUUCUCAGAUGGCUGAGGAUCAAGAAUUGUCCACAUUACACAAUCUCCGAGGUAAACCUGUUCACUGGAAAACUGUUCAAACAUGAACAAAAUAAUCUGCAUUUUAUAAUAUCAAAAUUCAUCAAUGAUAACCUUCAGUGCUUGUUUUCUAUAGAAAUGGACAGUCUUGGAAAGAGAAUGUCUUCAGCUUGUUGUUCACAUAUUUCAACACACCUAAAAUCCAGAAUUGAGUUGAAUAGAUAUGCAAAUAUGGAAUUGCUAAAACUUUAUGUAUUAAUGUUUUUUCAUGCUUUUGACCAAAUUCUUGAUCAAUACCAGGUCAGUUCAGAUCAAACUCUUACGUCAUAUCUAGAUAUCCUGUUUUUCAAAAGUGAGAGUGGUUCAAAUUUAGAACAAGAAGCAGCUUCUGUGUUAAUACCACUGCUUUGUGGAUCGCUUGCCUCAAUUCAAGCAACUAGAUGCAUAAAUCAAGGCCAACCCAUUACACAGGAUAUUAUCCACCUGUAUCGGCUAUCUUUUGACUCUGACUUGCUGUCCAACAGACUGAAGUUUGCCUCCAUGUUGUACUGCAGUGGGCAGUAUAAGGCAGCAGCAAACUUCCUGACAUUCUGUGAGGGCCUGCUGAGACCUGAAGUGUGGCAAUGCUCUACGUGUACAGGAAGAGAAAAAACAAUGCCAAGCACUAAUAAGUUCUUUGAAAAGGCUGUAAAUAUGCCAUUCAAGGAUCUGCUACAAAAGUACACUGCCUACCAUGUUAUGUUCAUAAAUGAAGAUAUGGAAUGUGUUCCACAACAUCUGAGGUAUGAAAUGUUCAGAACAAUUGUAGAUGAAGACAGGCAACAAAGACGUCAAGCACACAACUAUACAUGGAUGGACCAUGUUGUGAUUGACUGUAUCCCAUUUCUCCACUACCUCCAAUACCUCACACACAGACAACUGAACCAACCUCAGAGUAAACUUGAGGCACUGAACAAUUUUCAUUUCUACAUAUCUUCAAGUGAACAUAAUCUCCACAUAGAUACAGCCUGGAACAUGCUGGGCCACUGCUAUGAAAUGGAGAACAAGCUGGACCUGGCCUGGAAAUGCUACUCAAAAUCACUGAAACUCUACCUAAGAAACAAUGCCGCAAACUGGCAUGUAGCUAGAAUGGUCCAAUCAGUUAAAUCAUUUAAGUUUAAGUAGUGUUGUGAUUGCCUGUCAGACUGAUUAACACUAAAUCAUCUCAGAAUAACAACUGUUUGACAAGGGGCUUUAUUCCGCUUAUUUGAAACCAAAUUAAAGCUGUAAUAUUUAGCAUGUCAUAACUAUGGGGAUAGUGAAGAUUUUUGUUUUAAAAGUGGCAAUAAUUUUAUCAUUUGAUAAUCAAGCAAAAUUUAACAAUUAUGUGAUAAGCCAGAUAUUGUAAUGUGUUGUAGUGUUCAUUUCUUUAAAUACAUUUAAUUAACAUCUUGUACAUGAUAGACAGCAUUAUGGUCAGGUACUCAUAUUUUUUCUGUUUAAAGUUUAGAUGUAGAACAUUUUUAUGCUGUGAUAUUUUAAGAUAUUAAAAAUAAUUAAAGAAAAAAAGGUGGUAUGAGAGCUUAAUUACCUGCAAAUGAUUUGACAGCAUUUUAUGGUCAAGUACUUGUGUUUUAAUGUUUGAAAUAAAUAUGU